AUGCCUGCCUCAGCGGCACCCGUCGCCGCGGGCGGGAACGGCAGCGGGAGCGAGAGCGAGUCGGACGCCGCCAAGCUCGCCGUCUGGAAGGAAGCCCUGUACGAGCGGUGCAAGGAGGCCGGCCCGGGCAACGACCUGUUCUCGCAAGACGACCUGCUGCGACUCGACGUCAUCCCCAACAAGGACCUGCUGCUGCUGGCGCGGGUGGUGCAGUCCCUCAGCGACGACAAGCUCUUCAUCACCAUGAGAGAGGCCAGCGGCCAGGUCCUCUGGAAGUGGCGAGACGCGCAAGAGGCACACAAAUACAAGCAGUGCUCCACCGACGAGCAGGUCAUGGUGUAUUCGCUCGUCGACGACUCGGGCGGCGACGGGAUAUGGUCGCAGACCCUGCAGAAACGACUCAACAUGCACGACAGCGUGCUGAAGAACGCGCUCAAGCAGCUCCAGGCCAAGGGCCUCAUCGCGCCGUUCAAGAACGUCGAGCACCCCAACAAGAAGAUGUACAUCAAGGCCUCGAUCCGGCCCAGCGACCGCGCGACCGGCGGUCCGUGGUACACGGACCAGAACCUCGACGAGGCCUUCAUCGAGGAGCUGCAGCGCGUCGUGUUCGACUUCGUCAAGCGCCAGAGCGGGUACCGGAGCACCCACGGCGGCGGUGCCGCUGUCGCCGGCGGCAGAAGCCAGGCGCCCGCCAAGGGCGUCAUCAGGGGCAAGAAGCGCGACGCGAGCGAGAUGAGCAGGCCGCCUGCCAAGGCCGCCAGGACGUCUGCCGGCGCCUCGGCUCCGAGACGGGAGGCGGCUCUGUUGCCUCUCCCUGCGGGCUACACGGCGUACCCGACCGUUCGAGACAUUGCUCGUCUCUUGUCGAGCAGUGGCAUCACAAACAAUACCAUCUUGUCGGAGGAGGAUGUCAAGAAGCUUGUGGACGUGCUGGUGUGGGAUAACCUCAUCGAACCCAUCAAGAUUGCUGGUCGGAUGGGAUACCGUGUCUCGAGAGUCGCAAGGCAAUCGCCUCAGAACUGGGCCGGGAGGGAAGAUCCCACGGGGAGAGGCGGCGACCCAGAGCCGUACCUCAGCCCCUAUACGGAAGCACCCUGUGGCAAGUGUCCUGUUUUCGAGCUUUGCGAGGACGGUGGUCCUGUGGGACCUAGCAAUUGCGAGUACUUCAAGACGUGGCUAGGGUCUGAUGCCAUCUAG